AAUCAGGGGCCGCCCAUUUGUGUGCUCCACUGCCGUCGUCGCCUCCGCUCCUCUCAUUUCAAUCCCUUCAGCUCUGCUCUGUCAUUGCGUCACAUUUAGUUGUAGAUGUCACCCAGUUUCUACCUUAGAAGCUCCUAGCUCAUCACGCCUGCAUUCAACCCCUCAUUGGAACAACUACUUACGGUUGUAGAUAGCCCUUAUUUUCGUUACAACCAGCUCCGGAGCUUUGCAAUUGCUGGCGACUCUUCAAACCGUGCAGGAAGUGCUUGAGCUUCCACAACAAUCCUCUGGUGUUCGUUGCACCGUCUAACUGGGGUACCAAUUGAGGGAAUUUUUUUCUUUUUUGUAAGUAAAUGUUAUGUUGGAUACUUGUUCGCCCGUUGUUGCGAUAAGUUCCGGUGGGUCAUCGGCUGUCGAGCUGCCGAGAUUGUGUUGGUGAAUUCAGAGAUUAGAACUACCGAAUGAAAUCUGAGGCAAGCAGGAUUGUCGUUACGAGUUGGAGAAUUUGGUUCAAGUUUCCCUUCAGCGGCUUGGCCUGACGGAGCUUCAGAGUUUCUGAAUCUUCAUACCGGGGUUGCGAGAUUCUGGGUUUUGAAGGUGCUGCAGAGAGUUGUAUCUGCUUCUUCUGGCUUCCUACAGCUUCUUCGAUCUCCUUUUCUACGUCACCGCACUCGAUUCCUCUCAAUCUCAUUGUAGAUAAGAUGCUAGUCCUUGUAGGACCAGAGAGUGUCACUUCACCAUGCAUUGGCAGCAGCGGCAGUGCCAGGGCGCUCGAUCCUCAAAUUGGAAAAUUCUCAUUGCAGCGUGGAAAAUCUAGGGUUAGGUUAGUAAGAGCAGGGAUUGGAAUGCGGAAGAUGGAAAACUUGAGGAUUAGAGUGCUUUCACGAAGGUUACAUUGUGACCAAUUCAGUCCCCGGCCAGCCAUACAGUCGCGUAGAGUAGUAAGAUCACAAGCACAAGAUGACGAUUACACAACUGAGGUCUCAACAUCGGACGCCAAACAGGAGAAGGAGCAGGAAAUGAUGAUGGGAUGGAGAUUGAAAGCUGUUGAGGCUGUGACUUCAGUCUUCCUUGUUUUCGGCCCUGGGAUCGACAUGAAUGACAAGGUAGUCACAUUCUCAAGUGAUGCAGCGAUGGCAUCUGCAAACCCCAUUGCUAACAUGCGGGCUGGGAGCAUGUUGAUGGAUAAGAUGGUCGGAGGAUUCAAAUCAAGCAAGGUCCUUGACAAAGUGGUGACUGUGGUCAGCGGGCAAGUUGUCGUAAACCCGGACGAGUUGGAAAAGGACAUCAAGGAGAUCAUAGAAAAACCAGAAAGUUUCGAGAAAUGGCGGAAUGGAUUGCUUGAUAAUGCCAUUGAUACGAUUGGCUCAGCAGUUGACGGUAUUAGCGCAGCAGUGGACGCGGUGACCCAUCUCUCACCUCAGGGACUACAAGAAUCAGUGUCCACAUCUGUGGCAGGUGUAUUCGAAGUUGGAGCUGAGAGGUUUGCCGCGUUUGAGCUGCAAUCUCUUGUGGGAUUGACCGAGAGAUGGCUCAUCUACAUACCUCUAGUAGUUCUACCUAUGGCAUGGCAAAUGAGGGCUCGGAGUAGCGCGGCAGCUGCAGAUGCACGUGAAAGAGAUGAUAGGCGAUUAGUUGUUUCUAAAGAAGUCGAGGCAAAGGCUGAACGAGUGCGUCGGGAACUAGAACGAAUCAAAUUGAAAGCAUCUCUAAUGGAUCUCAUCAAUUCAAUGGGAGAGGUUGCCCUGCAGCGAUUGCAGAAUGGAACACAGUCGAACAGCUCGGAAAUCUCUGAUAUAGUGAAUCAGUUGAAGACUAUGAACCCUGGUUAUGAAGUGCAACUUAAUCCUCGAGACCCAGGGUCAACAAUGAGAUCUGGCAGUGCUAAUGAUGCUUUUUCCACCAUUCCAGCUGCUCCACAGUUGGACGGCGAAUGGAAAUUAGUGUAUACAUCACAACCUCUUCAAAAUAGGGAUUUACCUCAAGUACCCGGUGUUGAGAUACAUAACCCACGACAGCAAGUUUGGAAUCAAGGCUCAGGCUCAAUAGUAAAUAUAGAUGCUGACACGGCAGGAAGCUCUCUUCUCAUGGCGAAAAAUGUUGCAGAGCUCAGAUUAGGACCUCUUGGACUUGUUGAGGUUGCAAUCCAAGGGAGUUGGGAGAGUCUACGUAACGGACAAGCUGGCCUUGUCUCAUUUGACACGUUUUUAGUUCGUCCCAAGGAGAUUCUAGGCACUCUAUUUGAUGAUGAUUUGCCACCCGUAAGCUUCCCUUUACCUCAACAAUUUCAAUCAACUGCCGAAUGGGAAGUACUCUACCUGGAUGAAACCCUGCGAAUAAAUCGUGAUCAGCAAGGUGAACUUUACAUCUUCACCAGGAAGGCUUAGCUUUGUAUGUACACUUACAUCUGUAGUAAUACUGGGCAUUUUUCAUACUGUGAAGUGAGGGAUGGUGUCCAAACAGGUAGUCAUCCGACACAUUUCUGUUGUAGACACUGACUAGCAGGUUGGAAAUUCCCAACCUCAUGCUUGUCGAAUUAGCUGGUAAUAUAGAUUUUUCCCCUUGAUGUCUCAAAGUUCUCAUAUUGUGCAUCUACAGAGUUGUAUUCAUCAGCAGGAAGCAUUUGCAAUGUAAAUUAGUGCUGAAUUUACAAACACCGGAAUAUCAUUAAUUUCAUGUUCAUUAGUUUAUUGCUAGCUGUACACGUCAUGAACGAUUUUUUUUAACAAGUUCUACUUUGUACCUACCUGUUCAGUUGUGUA